AUGGCUCACCAACAUCAAGCGUCACCCUGGGAGGGUGUUGCCUCUGGCACGACGGCAGCCAUUCUGGCCAACACAAUUGUUUACCCUCUGGAUGUGUUACAAGUUCAAGUCCAACCACCGAAGCCGCCAGAGACGACCGGUUCUCCAGAAACCCAAGCUCAUUAUGACAAUGCCGUCGAUGCCAUCCGUCACAUCCUCCGCGAGGAGGGCAUUUCCGGCCUCUACAGCGGGCUGGGUAGUUCUAUUCUCAGCACGGCCUCGAUGAAUUUCGCCUAUUUCUAUUGGUCAACGGCAGCCCGAAGCAUCCAACAAUCCACCUUUCAAAGAUAUGGAAUCGCCGACACAAAUAGUAUCAGUAAGGAACUGGGACUGGGGGCAGUAGGUGGGGCGAUGGCUCAGUUAUGCACAAAUCCCAUUGCUGUGAUAUCUACGCGGCAGCAAACCUGCAAAGCAGGUGACGAGAGGAAGUCUAUGUGGGAGACAAUGAAAGAAAUCUGCCAAAGUGAGGAUGGCUGGACUGGACUUUGGAGAGGUUUCAAGGUCAACUUGAUCCUUGUGAUCAAUCCCAUGAUUACCUAUGGUGUCUAUCAGUGGCUGAGAGGGGGGUUAUUGACCCUGAAGCGGGGGAAAGCUAUCGGAUCUGGUGAUGCUUUCUGUACGUUGUUGGCUUUCCUUGCAUGUUGUCGUCUGCAUCUGCUGAUUCCAUCGGGGAAAAUAGUACUCGGUGCUGUAUCGAAAGUGUUAGCCACCUUCACCACACAUCCACUCAUUGUCGCAAAGACAAUGUUGCAAUCCAAGCCCCCCGAUUGUCGCCAGGGCAAGCCUUUCUUGGGCUUUACCGAGGUUCUACUGUAUAUUGUCCAAAACGAAGGGUUUUUGCGACUAUACAAGGGAUUGGCACCACAGAUCAUCAAGGGAUUCUUGGUUCAGGGAUUGAUGAUGGCACUGAAAGAACGAACCGAAUCCUUGCUCAGGAAAGCGAUAUUGCUAAAUGGGAAACGACUGCCGCGUCCCUCAACGUUGAAGUGA